AAAAAUUGAAAGCGUGUGUUUGAUUUAAUUAAAAUAAAGUGAAACUGCAAAAAAACAAUUAGAACAAAAAAUGGCAUACAAAUUCAUCACUCUUGUCGGUCUUUUGGCUUUGACCGGUUCCUGCAUGGCCGGUGUUGCCUACUCUCCUUUUGUCAGGACUUAUGCUGCCGCUCCAGCUGCUGUUGUUGCUGCCAAAUCGGUUGCUGUAGCUCCCGUUGCCGCUGCUGUUGUUAAAGCUGAAGAAGUUGACCCUCAUCCACAAUACGAUUUCUCUUAUGGUGUCCAUGAUUCCAUCAGUGGUGACAUUAAAUCUCAAGUGGAAAGCCGUGAUGGUGGUAAUGUAGCCGGUUCCUAUAGCGUUGUCGAUGCCGAUGGUUUCAAACGUACCGUUACCUACACUGCUGAUGAUGUCAACGGUUUCAAUGCUGUUGUGACCCGUGAACCCAUUGUAAAGGCUGUUGCUCCUGUUGUCCAUGCUGCUCCAGUUGUCAAGACUGUUGCUCCCGUGGUACAUGCCGCUCCCUUGGUACAUGCUGCUCCAGUUGUCAAGACCUACCAUGCCGCUGCCCCCGUUGUCCAUGCUGCUCCCGUGGUCAAGACUGUUGCCACUUAUGCUGCUGCCCCAGUUGUCCAUGCUGCCCCUGUAGUCAAGACCACCUUUGCUGCUGCUCCAGUUGUCCAUGCCGCCCCCGUUGUCAAGACCACCUACCAUGCCGCUGCUCCUCUUGUACAUGCUGCUCCAGUUGUCAAGACCUACCAUGCCGCUCCCGUCUUCAAGACCUAUGCUGCUGCUCCAGUUGUCAAGACUUACCACGCUGCCGCUCCUGUUGCUUUCUCCGGCCCCUUGUUCCGCUCUUCUCCCAUCUUCCAACAAUACCACCAAUUCCCCUUGCAACAACAACAAACCACUUUCUUCAGCUCUCCCGUCAAUGUAGAAGAACAAAAACCCCAAGAACAACAACCCGCUGAAGGUCAAGAACAACAGCAACAACAAGCCGAACAAGCCCCCGAACAAAUGGCCCAAGAACCCACUCCAGUUGAAUAUCCCGAACAAAUGAACGAACAAGAACAAUUCGCUCAACAACAAUUCGCUCAACAACAACAGAUGCAACAACAACAAUACCCCGGCUAUCCUCAAUACGAAAUGCCCCAACAACAAUUCGAAGCUGGUCAACAACAACCACAAGAAAACAACGAAGAUUCCGAAGUUGUUGAAGCCCGUGCUGCUCCCAUGGAACAAGAACAAGAAAAAAUGGAACAAGAAGCUAAAGCCGAACAAGCUGAAGAAACCAAAGCUGAAGCCAGCACCACCACUGCUGCUCCCGCUCCAGUCACUGAAGAACAAAAAGAAUCUGACGAAAAGAAAUCCGCUUAA